CCCCGGGGCCCUUUGGUGCCGGGGCGGCGUGCGGGGCCUGCCGAGGGGACUGUAGCCGUGCCAGCCUUUUGCCAGUCGGAAACAGGGCCAGCUGCCUUCCCGAGAGGCUCUGCUCUUCGUCCCCGGGGCUCCGCGAGCGGUCGGGGCGCGUGCCCAGGCCUGCUGGAGGGGAGGCCGGUCCUUUCCGGGGACUGCCCUUGGCUGAUGAAUCCAGGGCGGGGAGCCCAAGGGCUGCUGGGUCUAUUGCACAGAAGGAGCAUCUGGGCUGUCAGUCUUCAUGCAGUUAUUGGAGAUUCUAGAGUGACCCUUGGAUUUGCUGCUGUUGUUUUGGCUGGAGAGGAGUAUUUUUAUUUGUGUAACCGGCCUUUCUUCUGGCUGAUUUACUUGUUUGCGGUUAGCUUGCUGGAAUCUUGGGAGCCGCGUGGAGCUGUCCCUUGGAGGGCAGAGGGUCUGUGUCCACACAGGGGUGAAAGCUGCUGUCUAAAGUGAUCUCCACAGGAAGAAACUUCCCCAAGGCACCUGACUGCCUCCCUUUCCCUUUCUGUGCACCAGCCCUGUUUGUCCCUGUUCUGAUCCAGGAAAGGGGCUUUUCUGGCCACAAAGGCUGCCACCUUCGAACAGAUGUCCUAACGAGAGACCACAGUGGUGCCCCCACCCGCAGUCUGACAGGAUCCUCCUGUGUCCCCCCAAAGGGUCAGGCUCAAAAUGGGUCCAUCUCUUUGGGGCUAGAAAGGCACUUAUGGUCCUGGCUGAUGCCCCCCCCCCAUCCCCCCAGUCAAGGAAGUGACUGGCAACUGACUCCACCUGCAGGGACUGUGUGGCCAGAGGAUCUUUGGCUGCAGCCGGAUGAAUUUGUAUAAUAGCCAGGAGUCUGUCUCCCCCAGCAGACUCUCCGUGAUGCUCACAGGGACGCCCUGGAAGGGGAGGCCUUGGGGAAAGAUGGGGCAUCCCUUUCCUUCUGGAGAGCUGAGCCAAGCACCCCUGUCCAACUGGCUAUGGGUCUUUAUCUCUCUGUCUCAUUUAGGGCAAAACCCUUCAGGCCAGGCCAGCAGAGGGGCAGGAGGAAAGCCUUAAUUUGUCCUCUCCCCUGAAGUCACCAGCAGGAGGUUGGGCCAUUUGUGGCGAUCCUUUUGUCAAGAAUCCCAUGAGAAAAGCCCCCCACUUUCCCCUGGCUGAGCUCUCCGCUCUUUUUCUCAUACCUUUCCUAGCCUGCCUGCCGCCCAUCUCAGCAGCUCUGCAUCUUUCUGUCUUUCUUUCUUUCAGCAUGUCCAGUGACCCUCCUCCACCCUACCCCGGGGGGCCAUCAGCACCCCUCCUGGAAGAGAAGGAUGGGUUCCCCUUCCCUGCAGAUAGGAGCCCUCCGGCCAUGGUGCAGCCCCCUUCCGAUGUUGGCCCCCCACCCUAUGAAGCAAUGCCUCCCCCCCAGCUGGGCUUCAUCCCCCCCCCUGUGCCAGCAGACAGCUCGAUGCCCUACGUCCUCCCUGGCAGCUACUAUGUGCCUCCAGGGCCACACGCCCCCAUGGGCUACUAUCCUCCCACUGGCCCCUACGCCCCUGCUGGAGGGCAAACUGCAACUGUGCUAGUGCCAUCGGGCACCGCAACCACUGUGACGGUCCUGCAGGGCGAGAUAUUCCAGGCCGCCCCUGUCCCAACAGUGUGCCCGCACUGCCAGCAGGCCAUCACCACCAAAAUCAGUCAUGAAAUCGGCCUCAUGAACUUUCUCCUGGGCUUCUUCUGCUGCUUUAUCGGGUGCACCCUGGGCUGCUGCUUCAUCCCCUGCCUGAUCGAUGAAUUUAAGGAUGUGACCCACACCUGCCCCAACUGCAAGGCCUACAUCUACACCUACAAGCACAUGUGCUAGCAGGGCCUGCUCGGCUGGAAAGCUCUGCUGCUGCCUCCUGGUUUGCCUUUCCCGUCUGCUUUCGUGCUUCUUCCUUCGCCCAGAGAGGCUCAGGGGCUGUGCCCCCCCCCCAAGGCUGCGGGGGAUCUGCUGGGC